UAGCGUUGCCUAACAGAUACAAUUUGCACCAAUUUGUCUCUUCACAAGAGGAAAGAAAAAGCUCCCAACUCAUCCGCCGAUCUCAAUGGCCGCCUCAUCGGCAUCGGAGUCUUCAUCGUCUUCUGGUCACCGGGAUCGAAAGCGUUAUCGGCGCCACCGCAAAGACAAAGAUAAGGACGCUCUCAAGGUCCGCAAGAAGAGCCGCUCUCACACCAAACGUCGUCGUAGCCGUCAUUCAUCGUCCGACAGCUAUUCUUCUUCCUCUUCCUCUGAAGACUACAGUUCUUCAGACAGUGAACGUGAAGCAGUCAACAGUUCAAAAAGACACAGACAGAAAGAUAGAGCCACUAAGAAGAAGGAUAAAGAGAGAGGGAAAAGUCACAGGCAAAAACGUCAUAAGCAUAAAAGUAAAGAGAAGCAGCAGGAGGAAAGUAGUGGUCCUGUGCAGCUUUCUAAGUUUUUGGGGCGUGAUAAGGAUGAUGGUGUCCGUCGGAGUGCUGUCUCUGGCAAAAAGAUUCUCUUGAAGCUAGACAAGACAAAGGAGGACAAGGAAGCAGAGAGUAAACGAAAUGAAUUACUCAAAUUCCUGAAUGCAAGUUAUGAUUGAUUAUUUGAAGCCUAAAAGUUAGCCUAAGUUUCCCCCUAGUUCAGGCAAAUGUUUGUAGCAACAUAUCUUCAAGUAUCAGUGUUCUCAUUGUAUUCAGAACUUGCAUCAUUUUGCCUUUUGUGUUGAUCGUAUCCAGCCUCCAGGUGAUGUUCAAUACCAUGCUGCUUAUUUCUGCGGUUAACAGUGUGGGAAGUUUGGAUAAGUUUUGAAUUUUUUGUUAGUUUCACCCUUUUGUAUUCUGUCAAAUGCCGUUGUGCUUUUAGUUUUUUGUACGAUUAACAUAGACACUGUAAUAUUAAAUUAUCGAAAAUUGUUCUGGCUGAUCAUUGUUGA